AUGUCCAUUGUCCUCUACCUCUUUGAAUUGUUUCUUAUCUACUAUGUCUUCCGCGACAGAGAUUUUCCCAGGAUUGUCAUCACUGUGGAUAACAGGUAUUUGCCGUCUUCACUAAGUCUUGUCGUUUGGUUCUUGAACCUUGUAAAAACAGUUCAACCUACCGUAAGUGACUACGCGGCAAAAGGCUGACAUUUAUCACUCUUUUUGCCUUCCAUCCUUUUCUUUUAUUUAUUUAUUUAUUUAUUUGAAUAAAUAUUUAUAUGUUCAUUUGAUUGAUUGAUUGAUUGAUUGAUUGAUUGAUUUAUAUUGCAGACGCUUGUUCUCGAUUAUGUCAUACUUCUUCUUCUUUUUCAACAUUCUGGUCGGAUUGUUUUCUGGCUUUCUUCGCAUCACCUUGGGUAUAGUUGUAGGAGUUGUAUUCCUGGCUCGUUUAGAACGGUCGACCUUGAUGCAGGGAUUUCAGAGAUUUGACGAAGGCAUGUCGAAAUCUUUAAAGGGGAAAACUGUACACGGUUUUCCGUAACCAUGAUAAUUUUUAUUCUACUUGCAUUUAAAAUAUGAAAAGAGCUAGAAAUAACUUACAAAAUGCAGUCAGUUCAAGGUGAAGGCGGUUAUCGCGGUAGAGACCAUACGAAACAUUAGAUAAUAUCGAUGCCAUACGUCCCUAUUGUUUGCUCUCCCACUCAUCCCUUCUUUAUCGCCUGAUUUCUCCCUCCUCUCUCAUCUUUUCGACACAUUAUCAUCCUCCUCCCUGGGCUGUUCACAGACCCUCUAUUUUCCCCUUAAAGAUCGUCGAGCGCGCGUAUGGAAAUAAAAACCGCCGGUGGCCAUUACGAGCCGCAAGGUCGAUUUUCGUGCACGCACCAGGGAUCCUUAAUUUCCAUGGAGAUACCCACAAACUGGACUCAAGUAACUACAGGGCGUUAGUCUUGACACAUUUCCUUGCGCACCUCAGGUGUGCACAUUAAUCGCUUUCUGUCAGUUCAUCUGUCAAUAAACUCAUUUUAGGACAGGACACAAAUUUGCGUCAAAUAUCAGAGCUUGUCUUCUGCGCGCCGAAUUUAUACCAUCGGAGCGAGAUAUUUUAACUCAGCUAUGGUUCUCGUCAAAAUCACUUAAUGAAAAUACUUGAAUUCAUGGUUGGUGUUAAAAAAGGGUCUUGGUGCAAGUCUUGGAAAAAAAAGAAAUAUUUUUUUCGUUUCUUAAGCGAAAGGCAAAAUCUAGCGCUUUAUGAAGGUCGAAUUCGAACCCUCCAAAGUAAUAAUUAUUCGGUACGUUACCUGGUAAGUUACAUAUUGUCGCCGAAAUGGUUUCAAAAGUUCAACGUGAAGAGUUCUGGAUGUUAUUUCGCAUUAUGUCCGAAGGACAGAAACUGUGUUCGCCGAUAUAAGGUAAGAGAGACCUUUAUUAUUUAAAAGGUAGAGGAGCAGCUUGUUAUGGCUCUCGCAUGCGGAGUUCGAGCACAUCGGUGAAGCCGGUUUGACGACACUGAGGAAAACUGAGGAAAAUAUUUACUUGCCUUUGGUAUUGUGUAUAUCCUCGAUCACUAUACAAUAACGCACAAAUAUUAUAAUUCAAAGGGCAUUUACAACACGCGGCAAAAGAGCCGUGAUCCCGCCAAAAUGCUCGAACCAUCUAACAGAGUGUAAAAAGGGGGCUGGUAGGCAACACACGACUUUUACUUCGUGCCAAAAUGCUGCUUGUUCCAAAAAUUGUUUUCUCUGGUGGGUAUAUUAUAUUCUGGGUUCUACUCUUUGAAUGAGUAAAUGUGAAUUUUGCCGCUUGUUUCAUACUGAGAGGUCAUGACACGCAUAUUGAUUUUCUGCGGUUAUUGUUUCUGGUCGGCAUGAUUUGUCCUCUGAGGCAAGAGCACUUUCUUCGACCUCUUUUGAAACGUAAAUCUCUUCCUUUUCGGCUAAAUAAGAGUUUUAGGUUGUUUAGUCUUCUCGAAAGUGCCUCCUGGAUCUGAAUAGCUAAAGGCGAUAUUCUUUUGUCCGUGAAUGUGAUGGUUUCCUUCAAUUUAUGUCACGCUGGGCCCAACUCGUUUAGUAUUUUCUGCACGAUGUUAAAUUUUCACCGAAAGUGAUUUACAGAUCCAAAUUUCAAGGAAUGGAUUAUAGGAACGCAUUUUGUGAAGAGAGAUUUUUUAAGUAAGAAGAACUCGGAUCCUUAAAUCGAUAGUGUUUUAGCUAGCCAAUUGCAAUUUUCAUAUCCUGUGUUAGUUAGGAUAAUUCAGUAGGUUAUUCUCUCCUCUCCCUCUUAGCUUACAGGCGGUGCGCCCAAGUUUAAGAGGUGAAGAGAGAUUUUUUUCAAGGGUAAAAAACUCGUAGCUUGAAUCGAUCAUGUUUUACUACCUAGCCAAUUGCAGUUUUCAUGCGCUAUGUUAGUUUGGAUAAUUCAGUGGAUUAUUCUCUCCUCUCCCUCUUGGCUUCCAGGCGGCGCGCCCAAGUUUAAGAGGUGAAGAGAGUUUUUUAAGGUAAAAAACUCGUAGAUUGAAUCGUCAUGUUUUAGCUAGCUAGCCAAUUGCAGUUUUCAUGCGCUGUGUUAGUUUAGAUAAUUCAGUAAAUUUUUCUCUGCUCUCCCUCUUAGCUUACAGGCGGCGCGCCCAAGUUUAAGAGGUGAAGAGAGAUUUUUUUCAAGGGCAAAAAGCUCGUAGCCUGAAUAGACCAUGUUUUACUAGCUAGCCAAUUGCAGUUUUCAUACGCUGUGUUAGUUUGGUUACUCUCUCCUCUCCCUCUUGGCUUACAGGCGGCGCGCCCAAGUUUAAGAGGUGAAGGGAGAUUUUCUUAAAGUGAAUAGUACAUAGCUAAAAUCGAUCGUGUUUUAGCUAGUAAAUGCAGCUUCUUUACAUUGCUUUAGUUUGUAUAAUUCGGUAGAUUUUUCUCUCCUCUUCCUAAUGGCUUACAGGCAGCGCGCCCAUUCUUAAGAAGCUGUGAUAAAGUAGUCGUUACAGAGUUGUUGUUUUUGUUCAUAUUUUGUUUUUGUUAGUGUAUAUAAUCAGUAGAUUUUUAUUUUCUCUGCCUCUUAAGUCUUUAGCUCUUAUGCGAUGCGCCCAAUCUUACGACAAGUGGUGUUGGUUUCAAAAGCGAAAUUUAGUAAUUGUGAUUUUUUUUUUGAUCUACGGUUCUCAGUCUGGAUAAUAUUCAGCGUGAUGCCUAUGUUUGAUGUACACCGGAAACCGGAAAAAAGCUAGUUUUGUCCGCGGGCGGCAAUACUUUAAUUUCGACAGUUUAAGGUAAAAUAUUAAGAUAAUGUCUAAAUCAUUUGUGAACUGUGAUAGUUUUUUUGCGUAAAUAUCUCUCUUCGAUCAAAUGUGACAAUUAGGCCAGAUUUAUACUAGCGAUGUAAAAAUUUCCUCCGUCUAUGUUGAAACCGAACAAACCUCGCGGGUAUCCGCUUUGGCGGCUGAUCUCCCUGAGAGAUUAUUGAGUUGUUGUUUUCAUUGUUUAUUCGUCAAGUUCUCAGUUGUAAUUAUUUUUCGGUAAUAUUAUUCUUAUUUAUGUUUGUUGAGUGGGUCGGCUAAAAUUAAAGACGAAGAGUGAAGCUCCAAUGCAGAAUUUUUGAAGUCUAUUUGAUAUUAUGCUUUCGACAGUGCACGUGAAUAGCAACUAGGUUGGGUGUCCACUUAAGAUAAACUGGAUUAAGUGUCGAAGAUGAAAGAUUGCUCAAUAAAACGAACAUUGUUGACAGCUUUAAGAUAGGCUCAGGGUCUCUUGAUGUAAUAUAACCCUUGGUUCAAAACAAUAGACUUGGCGCCUCGCCCUUCAGAAAUAUGCGAAGAUUGCGACGUUGAACGUCGCAAUCCCCCGAAAAUCGAGCCUGCGGCUUGUAAUGAGCAUCAGGGGUACUCCGUGGUUGCUCUAGCACGCCCGCUUCGCUCGCGCACUGUCAGAUUGUCGAAAAAAAAAAUCGUCUAUGGCCAGGCUACUUCCUUCCUAAACCGUUUCGUUCUCUCCGUUCUCAAAAGAGUGUAACUUGUUAACAACGACCGUCAAUCCAAUCAUUCAACAAAGGCCUUGCCAUGAGGUUCCAGUCUCCCUCCAUCUCACAUUUUUAUCCUUCUCUUCUACAGCAUUUGAUGCUUACCUUGGUUUUAUCAACCUGCUUGUUGCUCAGAGCCAUCCCGUGAUGCUUUCGUUUUGUCAGCUACUGAUAAACAGGGACAAAGGUCACCAGCCUAAUUCGGAAUCUCCAGCAGGUGCUCAGUCUGAGAACCGAGAUUGUUCAAUGGAAACUGGGGGUGCCUCUGGUAUGUGCUUGGUUAAUCCUGUUAAAUCCAUCAAAUAUUUGAAACAUCAUUUAAACAGUAGAACCCGACAUAACGAGAUGCGAUUAGCGACUGGGGAUACAAGCACCUGCGUCAUUUCCUGGGCACUUUAAAUCAGGGCCCUAUUCAACACAUUUUAUUAUAAUUGGGGUGUAAAAUGGUUACGUUAUAGUUCAAGGGUUUGAAUUAGGGAGUAAGCAAAGACGUUUUUGAGCGACGCACAUCAACCGGAACUGACGCUACGAUUUUAAAAAAUCUCUCCUUUUUGGUGUAUAGGCAGCUAAUUCUGUUCUUUUUUUCGUUUGCAGUAUAUAUUCGUGAGCGAAGACUCCCGCGUAUGUCUCAAAAAGCAUUCAAUCGCUGGCAUGUGAUUGUGACACUGCUUCAUAACCCAUGUCUUAUCAAAUAUCGUAAGCGGAUUGGUAUAAGUCGUGCAACUUCCGUUAGCCUCUGGAGUAUCCGCUCUGACUUGAGCGACCUGCUGGUGCCUGCUUGA